AUGAUUCCAUUUCGACGGCUGACACAUUCGUUGAUCGUUGUUUUCGUUUUAAGCUUUGUACUCAUUUUAUCGGUAUUCACGAAGAUCUUCUUUCAAGCGGAUCAUCAUCACGUAAAUUCUUCUCAUUCCGCAAUUGUUGAAAAGAUUCUUGAUCCGAAUGAUCAACAGCUCGAUGUCAUUCAAAUCGACAAUCAUCCAUUAGCAUUUUAUGUUCAUUUCGAUCUGAAAGGUGCGGCACCGAAAGUGUCCUAUUUCAAAAAGUUAUUUCCUUUGCUGCAUCAAUGGGGCGUGAAAGGUAUCUGCAUGGAAUACGAAGAUAUGUUUCCGUUCGAUGGAAUUGUCCGUUCGAUCAAACACAAGCAAGCCUACACGAAAGAUGAUAUCGAAACUAUCAAUCAAUUAGCGAAAGACAAUCGAUUAGACGUUAUGCCGCUACUACAAACUUAUGGACAUUUGGAGUUUUUGUUGAAGUUGAACGAGUUCAGCGAUUUGCGCGAGAAUCCAAAAUAUCCACAAGUGAUAACGCCGUGCGUAGAUCGAACGUAUACUGUUCUAUAUUCGAUGAUUGAUCAGUAUUUAAAACUUCAUCCUGACAUUCGUUUCUUUCAUAUUGGUCAUGAUGAAGUUUAUUAUUUUCUAACGCAUCCUGCUUGUGCAGAGUUUCAACGUGCAACUGGAAUUCAUAACCAAUACGAACUAUUCGCUUAUCAUUUAAACAAAAUUGUUAGUUAUAUCAAACAACGAUCUCCAAACAUUGAACUGCUCGUUUGGCAUGAUGUUUUGCAAAAUUUAAAUUUACAAAUGCUGCAACGGUAUAACUUCCUCAAUUCAAUUCAUCCGGUUCUCUGGUCAUAUCGUGAGGACAUGCAAGUCGAAGGGUUCGUCAUUGGUUCUCAAGCUGACCUCUUCGGACAAUACAAAUCACUGUGGGGAGCAACUGCAUUCAAAGGAGCAACACAUGAAAUUGCCACGAUUAGUGAUGUGAAACAUUACUACGAAAAUCAAGUGUCUUGGAUAAAGCAGCUGCAAAUGUAUCAUCGAACAAAAUGGCGAAAUUUUCACGGAGUUAUUUUGACUGGCUGGUCGCGUUAUGACCAUUUUCUUUCCCUAUGCGAGCUUUUACCUUAUUCGAUUCCGUCGAUGUUAUUUUCAAUUGCCGCAUGGCACAAGCAAUUUCAAAAUCUUCCUCGGAAUCAAAAUAUACCUCAUCAGCUGCAAAACUACGUUCAACAGCAAUUACAAUGCUCAUCAGCACUUCAUUUGAAUACUCAGGAUCAUUUUUCGACAAAACCGAUACCGAAAUGCCAAUUUCCUGGGGCGGGUGUGUACGAAUCAAUGAUUUCUUUGGGACGUAUUUGGAACCAAGUUGAACAAGCAGAAUCGUUCGUAAAUAAAUAUGUUACUGAUCUUCAUGUAAAAUACAAUUACAUUCAUGUCAAGCGCGGAGAAGAAUGCUUAGAAAUCCUACGACCUGCGAUUCAUGCCUUACAAAGCUUUAUUAACUUGUUUAUUCAUUCUAUGAAUGAAGUUUUUCCUGAGCAAGUGGCAAUUGAAUGGCUUGAAACGUAUUUUAUGCAACGGUAUAAUUUAGUUCAUCGCCGAUAUGAAUUCAUUCAACGUGCAGUUCGUGAACAGAAGUCAUGGGGCACUCGGCCAAUACCGAAUAUAAACAAACUAGAGGCGAAUUUGACAAAUGCGAGAUGA